AGCAAAUUCUCAUAACGUAUUUCUCUUUGUUUAUUCGUUAUUUGUGCUUUCUUUCUCAAGUCAAGUCAAAUAUGACUAUUCUCGUUGCCCAAACUGAGCAUGAAGUGGAGAACAAGAAGGCAAGUUCUGAUGCUAAGGAAUUGUUUCUUAAUGGAGGAUUUGUUGUGCCAAAGGAUGUCUCAAAUGAUGGAUUUGUUGUCCCUGGCAACAAUGCAUUUGGCAACUCAUUCAGGGACUAUAGUGCAGAAACUGAACGGAAAAAGAUCGUGAAUGAACUCUAUCGCCAGAGCCACAUUAACCAGACAUAUGAUUUUGUAAAAAAGAUGAGGGAAGAAUAUGGAAGGUUGAAUAGAGUGGAGAUGAGCAUAUGGGAAUGCUGUGAACUUUUGAAUGAAGUUGUGGAUGACAGUGAUCCUGAUUUGGAUGAACCCCAAAUUGAGCAUUUGUUGCAAACUGCUGAAGCUAUUAGGAAGGAUUAUCCUGAUGAGGAUUGGUUGCACUUGACUGGCCUUAUACAUGAUCUUGGCAAAGUUCUUCUGCUUCCUAGCUUUGGAGGGCUCCCACAGUGGGCUGUUGUUGGUGACACAUUUCCCCUUGGCUGUGCUUUUGAUGAAUCAAUUGUGCUUCAUGAGCAAUUGAAGGAAAAUCCUGAUUACCACAAUUCAGCUUACAACACAAAAUAUGGAGUUUAUACUGAAGGAUGUGGGCUUGAUAAUGUGGUGAUGUCUUGGGGCCAUGAUGACUACAUGUACUUGGUGGCUAAGGAAAAUAAAACUACUCUUCCAUCUGCUGCAUUGUUCAUCAUUCGCUACCAUUCCUUCUAUCCUCUGCACAAGUCAGGGGCCUAUACACACUUGAUGAAUCAAGAGGAUCAUGAAAAUCUGAAAUGGCUUCAUAUCUUCAACAAAUAUGAUCUGUAUAGCAAGAGCAAAGUUAGGAUUGAUGUGGAGAAAGUGAAACCUUACUACAUGUCUCUCGUUGAGAAGUAUUUUCCAGCCAAGUUGAAGUGGUGAAAUCUUCCAAUCAGGGCAGUCUAUGAAACAAUUUACUUGUGGCUACAGCAAAUAAGAUCAGGAACUGCCUAUGGGAUUUUAUUUGAGCAUGUUGUUGUUGUUUUUUCCUUUUUGUUUUAGUUGGGGUAUUGUGUUCCCUUGUAUGAGAGUCGUGACAGGCUAUGUUCCUAAAGUUGUUUCAUAAAUAAAAGUUCCUUUG